AUGAUAGAUCAGUGCUUUACUAGAACAAGACACGUGACCAGAACAGGAAGUCACCAACACAGCAGCAGGCUGAAAACAUUGCAAGACGAAAAUGGACACUCGGUUCACGAGAGGAAAGUCAAACAUCCUGGAACGGCCUCUAACCCGUCCCAAGACUGAAGUCAGUGUGAGUGCCUUUGCACUGCUCUUCUCUGAGAUGGUGCAGUAUUGCCAGAGCCGCGUGUACUCUGUGUCCGAGCUCCAGCAACGCUUGGCAGACCUGGGUCAGAGCGUUGGCGCCAGUAUGCUGGACGUGCUGGUGCUGAGGGAGAAGAAUGGGAAGAGGGAGACCAAGGUGCUUAACAUACUGCUCUUCGUCAAGGUGUCAGUAUGGAAAGCCAUGUUCGGUAAGGAGGCAGACAAGCUGGAGCAGGCCAACGAUGACGACAAGACCUACUACAUCAUAGAGAAGGAGCCACUGAUCAACGCUUACAUCUCUGUGCCCAAGGAGAACAGCACACUAAACUGUGCUGCAUUCACCGCUGGCAUCGUAGAGGCCAUUCUCACACACAGUGGCUUCCCUGCCAAGGUCACAGCCCACUGGCACAAGGGCACCACGCUCAUGAUCAAGUUUGAUGAAGCUGUGAUAGCCAGAGACAAGGCCCUGGAUGGCAGAUAGGAGAGAGUGUUGGUGUACACAUGCUAGAAUAAGAGAAUGAUGAAGUUGAUCAUCAUUCUCACUAGGUCUCAAUAUGCUCUGCCGUGUGAACGAGCCAGUAAUGUGAGAUAUGGACUGAGUCAGUAAUGUGAGAUAUGGACUGAGUCGGUGAGUGGUCUGUCUGUUGACAAGUCUGCAUAGGAGUAGUUGAGUUGUGAAUAUACAGUAUAUUGAGAAGUGAAACAGGAUGUCUUUAUAUCACCACAUGAGAGAGAGUAAAUAUGAAUGAAUGUUAAUCCCAAUUCUGAGCUAUUAUAUUUAUUUGGUCCAAGGAGAGUUCAUAUGAGACAACAUUUAUAAAGGUCAAUGUUUCUUGUGAAUCUCCUCAGUCAGUCAACCCUUAUCUAAUGACUUUGACAUUCUCACUGACAGUGUAUCUAAAACCAUCUCGUAUGACUGCAUAGGACAUCAUCUCUUGUUUUUGAUAUCUCAAGACAUUUCUGAAUCACACAAAGGACCAACACAUUGAAAAUAUGGACUGCAGUAUAAUACACCAAUAUGUGCAAUGGUUUACCCUCCAACUGAGUUCAACGUGGUGAAAUUAGACUGUCAUUGUGUUCCCUAAACAAAUUACAUUUUAAGCUAUUAUUCAAAAUGUGAAAGUUAUCAGUGGUCCUUUCCACAGAACAUUAUGUUGGCAAAAAUGUAAUGACUCGGGUUUGUAGGUGUAGUUUUAUUUUACACCUUUAUUUGUUUGUAUCUAGACAUGUUUGAAAUACGUUUCCCGUUUAUCACCGUGUGUAAGCAUUUGAGCAAUGAACUGAUAUUAAAAGACUUGCUGAGUAA